AUGACUUUCCUGGAAUGGAUGCUUGAUUCAUACAAAAGAAUACGGAAAAGAAGUUCUGUCCAUGCCUAUAAAAGAAUUCUGUUUCAAGUAUACCGGAAGUCAGUGGGCAUAGACUUUGACAAGAAUGGAAAUGAUGAAGUCAACAACUUUAUCAACGGCUAUUUAACUAUACGCUACAAUUUGGAUACAUCCGUCAACGAAAAACCUGUUAUGGAUGUAGACGAUGUCUACCUUGUGCAGCAUCACAAUUGGGUGCAUGACACAUCCAUUUUCACCGACGAACGCCAAAGGAUACAAUUGGCAUGUCUCAUAAUCUUACAAGCAUACACAGCAACGCGACCAAGAGCUUUUUCUUACAAGAAACUGAGCAAGACAGCCAUCGACGAUCACUAUUUCGGUCGUGAACAGGAAGAUAGUAUGAAUGAAGCAGAGGAGUGGGACCCAACUGAGGAUGACUUUAAAACAAUAUGCUACAGGGAUGUGGUAUUAGUCCUCUUAAAAAACCCAGAUGGAGGUAGAGAUCUCCCAGUCUUAGAAGUCACGCUCAGAUAUACAAAGGGGUGGGAGCGAAGAGAAAAUCCGAAAACUUUUAUCCUUUAUGAGGUUGAUGAUCUAUUAUUUGAUGCCGUGCUUCAUAUGCUCGCGCUCGCCCUCUUAGACCAAGCAUUUAAAUCAAAAGUCCGAACAGUUCAUAACUUUUACAAGAUUAGGGUUCUAUCUCCACGGCACUGUCUCGAAUUUGAAUGGGAAGAUACGAAAAUAGACGUACCAGUCUUCCGACAGGCGCUACCGGAUAACGAUAGGGUGGUCAGGACGUCUGCUGCUCAGGCACUUCACUAUCAUACUUAUCUCUACUACCUUCAGAGACUAGGGCUAGUGACUGGACUUAUGCAAAUCUUGAACCCAUAUUGUAUUCGCAGAGGUGCUGGUGAAGGUGUUGAAGCGGUUGGGACUCAGGCACAGCUUCAACAGGUAAUGCACCAUAUAAGUGCAGCAACCUACCAAGCCUACAUCAAUCAGCGUAUCUAG